GUUGAAGAACGGUUGGCGCGUGAAGAGCACUUGAUAUGGCUGUUGAAUGCAGUGACAGCUUAUAUCUAUUGUGCAUCACCGGACUUUUCGGACGAUGACUACUUGAAAUUUAUGGACCGCAAUCCAGUGCAUGUUGGUCCAGCCGUAACCAAAGAGAUCGGCGAAUCUGCGAUUAUAACUUUGCUUGAAUAUCAUAUGAACAAUGAUAGUGUUUUUGAUGUCAGUGAACAUAUGGAACUCUACCAGGCUCUGUUAGAGACAGCAGCAGCCAUGUCAGUAGUGCCCGCAUUAGUACCGUAUUUGGUACGUCCGCAAAAUAACAACUCGAAAUCGAUAGCGAAGGAUCUUGUGUUACGCUUCAGCAACACAAUGUCGUCAUAUCCGAACAUCUUCAAAGGUCAAAUGGGUUCACCAGAUUUCCGUCUCGUUGACUUCAUCGCGAAAACAGAGCGAUAUUCUGAGGUAUUGAUGAAUGCAGCGAGACGUUAUGAACGGGAUUUACCAGCUGAACAACGUGUACGUACCGCGGUAAUACGACCUCGUACAACACUCAGUGAAGCAUCACUGUCACGUUAUUCUUUCAAUGAUAUCACUAAUAUGCGUAUCGAAGAUUGCGCUGAUAUUGGACUGCUUUAUGGAAAGGCACUGAAGCAUUUGCAAAUGCAAACGUUCAGGUUUAUCGGCGAUUACGGUAAAUUGGUUGUACCAUUCAGUUUCAAGAAGGAUGUGCGUAAUGUCAAUCCCUUUUCACCGUCACUCAAAGAGCGUACCAAGAGGAUUGCGAAAGAACUGGCUUCAAUGCCAAAUACGUUGCCAUUGAAUGCAAGUAAUAGCAUAUUCGUGUGUGUUGAUGAAGGUCGAUGUGAUAUCGUUAAAGUAUUAAUUUCUGGUCCUGAUGACACUCCUUACCAAAAUGGUCUAUUCGAAUUUGAUGUCUUCUUCCCGACCAGUUAUCCGUUUUCACCACCAAAAUGUGCAUUCUUAACGACUGGAGCUGGAAAUGUGCGUUUCAAUCCAAAUCUUUAUAAUGACGGUAAAAUAUGUUUAUCGAUUCUUGGAACAUGGGAAGGUCGUCCCGAAGAAAAAUGGAAUCCCUACUGCUCACUGCUACAAGUUUUAAUUAGUAUACAGGUGAAUUUGACGUCUUUUUUAAAUGUUUGA